UUUCAAAUUGCAGUUUGUUAAAUGUUAUUAAUCAUGAAACAUGUUAACCAAGUUAACUAACCGCUAACUAGCGAAAAGACUCUUAAGUUAAAAUAAGCACUAUAUAGCAUAGCGUAAGCAGAAUUUUUCUGGGGUCAAGCGUCGAAAUGCAUUCAAUGCAAAGUGUUAAGGGUAUUGUGGCUUAUAUUUGAGGUUUUACAUUUAAAUAUUUAGGGGAUUACGGAUAUACAAGGUUCGGAUGACGAAAGAGAGGUUGACUGAUUCAAUCAAAAGAUUCAUGGUUGCUUCUAGUCGGCAUCACUAGCUGAGGCAAUGACACCUGAUUUGAUUUUUUGUCAAACUAGUCUGGCUUUUCCCGUUAUUAGAUCUCUAUCUCUCAGAUUUUAUUUGUCUAACAUGCCCCCUUAUUAUUAUAGCGUACAUUUAUAGGCACCCGAUUUUUCAAUGAUUUCUAUUGAUUUUAGUUCUUAAUCAAUUUGCGCGUUGAAAGGUUUUUAAUUGCCUUCGUGUACUCACUGUCCUGUAAGUGAUAUGGCAUCUCUGUCAAUCUCUAAGAUUUAAUAGUGAUUAGUAUUAUUGAUAAUUCAGAUAGAAGCUGACAUGGAGUAUCGUGUAUAUUCUGCUCGGUGGGUUUUUAUGACAAUAACUUCGAUUAAUGUAUUUAGCGUUGUUUUCAUGACGUACUGCUAUGCCGGUAUAAAUAACGUUAUCACGGCUUAUUUCCAAACCACGCCAUUUUUUAUCGACCUUCUCGCGACAUGGGCAAUAUUUAUGACUGCUGUUAGCCUUCCUAUGCUGGCUUUAUUCAAAGACAAUUUCAGCUUGAGAAAUCAAAUUCUUUCAACGAACGCCUGUACACUAAUAGGCUCAAUAGUUGGAGCAAUCGGUUUCAGCAACAGAAAAUGGUUCUAUAUCGCAUUGGGCGGUCAAACAUUCUUCGGAAUUUCGUCUGCGAUCAACUUCGUAAUUCAAAUUUCACUCCCUGCAAAUUGGUUUCCGGCGCACGAAUCAGCAACGGUCGUUGGAGUGUUUUGGGCAUCGUGGUCUCUGGGACAAGCAGCAGCAGCUGGAGUAUUACCAUUCAUAAUUGGUUCACUAGACGCGACUAAACUUGAAUCUGCUUUUUUGAAAGUUAAAUGGGUAUUUCUCAUUGUAAACGGUGGCAUUGCGUUUCUACAUUUAUUGACAGGCAUAUUGUCCUGGUUUUAUCUGGCAGACAAUCCACCUAGUCCUCCGAGUGCAUCACAACAAUACAUUUUGAAACAGAAAAUCAAUCAAAAAUCACCAAUUACUGAAAUGCUGAUUUCAAACAUCAAGCUUAUUGUAAACGUGCAUCGUAAUCGCGAUUACUCUCUCCUUACACUAGCCCACUUGCUUGCUCUUUCAGUCGCGACCAUAACAAAAAUAUUGGUUGCAUCUGUUUUCCUGGAAACAUUCAGCAACAUCACUGACGAUGAAGUAGCUGGAAUUCGCCUAAUCGGAUUGUUGGCUUCUGUUCCUGCUUCAAUUGCAGUUGGAAAGAUAAUCGACAAAACAAAGAAAUUCAAGGAGCUUACACUGACAGCUCACAUUGGCUUAACCAUAGCUUGUGCAGGAAUCGUCGCUGGUCAUGGCUUCAAAAAUUUUGUUUGUCUUGCUGUCUUAUAUCCAGUGAACAUGAUUCUCCAAAUGAUUUCUACCGUUACACUUAUAGAAUUUAUGAUUGAAACAACAUAUCCGGUGGACAAGAUUGUAUUAGUGACAUCACACUACUUUGUGACUGAAAUGGGAUUAUUUUUGCUCAGUUCUGGUAUUCGAUAUACUUUGCAGAAUUACGGAGCUCUUGCUGCAGUCAGUACUGUCCUUGUUAUAUGUGCAAUAUCUGUCUUGGUUCUUUUUUUUGUUAGACCGAAUUAUAACAGAUUAAACACAGAUAUGUAGCGCUUGCCGCGACAAAAUGAUAGAUGAAACACGGAUACUUUUGCGAGAAGGACAAAAUUGACGAAGAAAAUAAAUAGCACCAGGCUUCAUAUGCUGUCCUAAGGCGAUAAUUUUUAUAUUAAUUGAAAAAUAAGCAAUCUGUUUAUGAAUCAGUUUUCCAUAGAUAGCUAUCGUUCUCUGUUAGUUAGGAAUUUGUCUUCAUCACAUAUGAUAUAUAGUUGCGUAUUAAGUGUAUUUCGUUAUCUGUUAUUUAGAUCAAUUGAAUCGUGCAACUCUGCAAUAUACGAACAUUUAGCAUUACUAUCUAUUAGACCUUUCAAGGAGUCAGUGGGGUUACUCCGCUGAAGUGUAGUUCUAAAAACUACAUUCCUAGUGAGUAGCGACAGCAUAUUUGCACCCGUAUAUCUGCAUUUAGGACUGCUUUUGUACCCAUACACUUCUGUCCACAGACAUCACCACUCGCAUAUAGAUUUCACCAGAUUGCGUCCACGAAUAUUUGCGCCCGCGUACAUUUGCCACUAUUAGGGCCGAGAAUGGUUAACCGAUUUUUGAUGGUUAACGGUUACGAUUUAUUUUAACCGUUAACUGGCAUCUCAUUUGCACCUGCAUACUUUUGUACCCAUACAUUUCUGUCCACAGACAUCACCACUCGCAUAUAGAUUUCAC